UAUCUGAAGAAGAACUCUCUACCCAGUGCGAGAAGAACGUACCGCUUAUCUCGAUUAAUUCCAUUAUUUACACGCAGCUAUACGGCUGAUGUCUACUGAUGAUUAACAAGUGCUCACAAGGAGUAACUGACGCAUUUAGAACCAUCAGUUGUACACGCGUCUUUCACGAUACACACAAUACGCUUCUGCAGUCCAAAUCAUGAGAUCGCUUUUUGAUAAAUCAAGAUAUAUUUAGAACCCUGUCUUCGAACAUUUAGUCAUUACGAGAAAUCAAUGCCGUCAAUCGCUUCUCACUAAUUCCGUGUAAUUUCUUAUUUCAUCAUAUUUCUCGGAACGACUGCGCACGAUAGAGGUAAUCAAAGGUCACGAUGAUUAAAUAUAUAGUUUCUUCACAGAUGACGUGACAUGUAACAUUAGAAACGGGAAAAAAUGAGGAAAACCUUUAACUUAAAGACCACCGGACAAAGUCUGUUAUGUUCUCCAUGUUGACACGGGUAUUUUUAGUUUGGAUUAACCAAAUAUGGAACCUUCGGUCCCAGUCUUAGUUAACGUGGUACUUCUUUCACUGUCGCUACCAUUCUUGGUUAGCUGAUACCUUCACUUGACGUUGAAAUCGAAGUAAUUAUGGAUGUUCCAACGUUGAUGCAUAACCUAAAGGAGGAAGUAACUUGUUCUGUAUGUAUGCAGUUAUAUACAGAUCCCAAACAGCUGCCUUGUCUACAUACAUUUUGCCUACAAUGUCUUAACAAUGUUGCUCGAACAAGCAAACGAAAUGGCAUGAUAAGAUGUCCUCUUUGCCAACGUGAAGUAGCUGUGCCUGAUUGUGGUACAAUGGAGUCUUUACCAGACUGUUUUUAUCAAAAAAAUCUUCUGGAUAUUUUGGCCAUCAAGAAGUGCGGCAAUGCUAAAGUGACUUGCGGUAACUGUGGUGAGAAAAACGAGAAAGUGUCUUAUUGCUUCCAUUGUGGGGAGUUUUGGUGCAGUGUUUGUCUAAGUGGGCAUAAUAUCAUUCGUGCGAACAAGGAUCAUCGUGUUCUCUCAUUAAAGGAUUUCGAAGACAAAGACUUCGAAGAUGUUCUUAAACGACCGGCUUUCUGCUUGAAGGAACUCCACGAGCGACAAGUGCUGAAAUUUUUCUGUAAAAUGUGCAACGUCCCCGUUUGUCAAACUUGUGUCAUAGUCGACCAUGUCGGUCAUAAUGUUGAACAUUUGGAGUUAACGGCGAAAGCUGCCAAGGAAAACAUCAUGAUUCAAUUAGACUUGGCUAAAAGUGCUGGUAAAACUCACACAUACCUCAAAGAAGAGAUGAACGAAAUAGAAAAUUGCACUAAAGCCACCGUUGAAAAAAUAAGAAAUACAACCCAGUCAAUUAUUGGUAAACUUCAACAGUUUGAGCAAAAACUCACUUCAGAAGUUGAAGAUAAGGGCAAGGCAGCACUUGAAAAACUUUCAGUAAGAAGUACAGCAUAUCAGGCACAGUUGACCAAAUAUGAAGAAACCAUAUCACAGAUUGAACACUUGGUUAACAGAGGUACUGCAGCAGAAGUCGUGCAGUUGCAAUCCCAUGUCAGUAAGUCCCUUCAUGAAUUGAAGAUUGAACCCCCAUGUAGAAAUGAAGGUGAGGAAAGGUUAAUUUUGGACUUCAUUCCAAACCACUCUUUUCUUGAAAAGAUUGAUGAUCUUGGAAGUACAACACUGGGUACUCUGUCGUGUAGUGCAACUGUGGCAAGUAAGUGUACUGUAACUGCAAAACGUACAGCUAUGGUUGGUGAAGAGACAAAGAUUGAGAUUGUCUCAAGGAAUUCACGUGGGGAUCAGUGUUACAGCUCAAAUGACAGCAUUUCCUCAAAAUUUUCCCUUGUGGAAACAAACUGUUCAUGUGACUUUGUGUGGGAAACAGACUGUUCACGUGACUUUGUGUGGAAAACAGUGGAUGAGAAGAAUGGAAAGUAUAUAAUUUCCUUUUACAGUAAUUUGUUGGGAAAGGUCAGGGCUCAGUUCACAAUAAAUGGAGAACCUAUAAAGCAGACUUUACUUCUUAACAUAAAGGGGAGAAAUUAUGCAUCUGUGGCUGUGAGUCAUUCAGACUUUUAUAACCCAUGGGGAGUUGCUGUUAAUACCUCAGAUGACAUUUACGUUACUGACUUGAACAAUAAAAAAGUGCAGAUUUUGAGAGAUCAUGAGCCUUUUUCAAGAACCUUUGCACGUGGUGUGUUUUAUUCUCCUUCUGGAAUCUGCACUGAUUCUUCAGGAAGGAUCUAUGUCACAGACAGAGGUUUAAACAGAAUACUUCUGUUCAAUUCCAAACAUGAAUUAUGCAAAAAGAUUGGAGAUGAGGGAGGACUGAAAGAACCACGUGGGAUAUCACUAGAUCCUGAGGGAAACAUUAUUAUCUGCAAUUCAGGAAAAAGUUGUGUCCAACUGCUUUCCUCUGAAGGGGACCUUCUCCUAACCUAUGAUGGUAGAGCUUGUGGACUUCAAUUACCAUUUGACUGCACUUUCCAUGAAAACAAUGUAUAUGUGUCUGAUUUCAAAGGCCAUAGUAUCAAAGUUUUUAAUGACGUUAGAGAGUUUUUAUUUCAAUUUGGUGAAGAGGGAUCUGGGAAUGGCCAGUUUAAAUCACCAACAGGACUAGCAGUGGACAAAGCAGGAAAUCUCUUAGUUUGUGAUGACUACAACCACAGAGUGCAAGUUUUUACCAAAGAUGGAAGGUUCCUAUCAAAGUUUGGAUGUUAUGGAAAUGAAAUGGGACAGCUGAAUAAGCCAACGGGCUUGGCAGUCUGUCGGAAUGGUGACAUUGUUGUUGCAGAAUUUGGAAAUAAUCGUCUCCAAUAUUUUAGAAACUAGCUGGUUCUCUGGAUGGAAAUAUUCCUAGCAAGGUCUUCAUGCUAAAUUUCUUAAAAGAUUCAAUAAUUGUGACUUCAAUGUUUAAUGAGCUAAUUCUAAUAAUCACAAGUCAUGCUGGUAACUUGCCAUUGUCCCAAAUAGAAAAUUCUAAUCACUCAACAGAUAUAUUACAAUUGCAACUAUACUCGGUGAAUUUUUUUUCAGUGGAGUUUUGCUCAGAAGCAAAUGGAAUGGUGUUUCUGUAUUUUGAAAAAAAUCUGGAUAAAACCAGAGUUAAAAGCUUAUUCCAGUCACAUUUAGUAAAUUUACAUCUACCACUUUUUCUUUUGAUCUUGUUUCGAGGUUUGUCUCUUAUGAUUGUCUGAAUGAAAUCUAUAAACUAUGCUGUAAAAUCACCCCAUGAAGAAUUCUUUGGGCUAGUUUGCCUCAGAUAGUAUUAUACUAAAGCCAAAGGAAACACCAGAAUUAAUCUGCAUACUUUUAGCAUUUCACACUUUUGAGUUUUAAAAAUAUUCCGAAUUUGCUUCUGUUUCCCAGAUAAAGCAUUACAAAGUAGCUGUGGAGUUACUUAUAUUUACAUUCCAUACCCACUAAGUUUGAAAGGGACUUCUAGGUCUAACAAAGUGUGUUUAAUGCAGCCAUUCAAAUGUUUACUGUGUCAGCUUCUCUUUAUUUGCAACUUUCCUUUUUUGCAUUCUAUUAUAUUCAAAGUUCUUUCAUUCAGGUUUAACUAUUAUGUACAGUUGUUUACUGAGGAGUAUGGCUUCUCUCCAGAAAUGCAGUUGGAUUUAGCUCUUAACAAUUAGUUAAUUGAAUUUUAACCUACUGAGCAAUGUAUUUACAGACUAUCUUUUUCAAGUGAUAUGAACAGACUCCAAAAUUUGUAAUACUAGAUUUGUUCUGCUAUCUUGGUUGUAGCUUUCCAAUCUUAGCAGCCAACGCUGUCUCUCUUUCCUUAAGCCGUACCUCAACUUCAGCCUUAUGUAACAAAGGAAAAAAAAACUGAUUAAUAAUACUUUCAUGGGACAAGGACUUAUUUCUCCUUUAAGAGGAUUUAAAAACACCUUUGAGUUGUGUUGUGUUUCUGAGAGGGAAACUUGAGGGAAGUAUCUUGCCUUUAAACAUAUUAACAAGUGACUCUGGCUGAGAUUGAAGAAACUACUCCGUAAAUAAAAAUUAAUCCUUCACUCAAUGUAUUGUUCAAGUCUGACUGUGGUUGUUCAACAAGGCUCAGCUAUAAUAACCACCUGAAAAUUUCCCAACACUUCAUCAGCUACUUUCUUCACAAUAUUCUUGACCUGGGCGGGUUCUAUGGAUGAUAAAAUGUUCUCUGCAGUUUGAUCCUUGGAGUGGGCAACAUUAUCUGAAUGAGCUACAAACAAUUCAAAAGAAAACUAAUUAAACAUGACAUGGAAGUAUUACAACAGGACUGAAACUAAAGAAAAAUGAAAGAAAUAAAAAUUGUGAUAAAAAUAAGUAUUUUUUCCUUAAGAAAGGCUACAUUAGCUCAAACAGUAUU